AUGGUUCAACCAAAUGAUAUGCAAGCCAAAGUACAGAUCAUCGUCGCCGCUGGGGGUUGCAAUGAACUCACACACAACUGCCGUGAUGAUUUUAAAAUCUGGUUUGAGGUUACCUACAUGGGCGAGCUCUUGGGAAAGCUCCAUGCCGAUCUGCACAGCAAAUGGACCAACUGGGAAGAAUCUUAUUUCGGUGAAAUUGCUGACAUCUUCCAGGAAAAGCUCAAGCUGAUGAUCAAGUAUGAGAUGAUCGACUACUCAGAGGAGGCGCUCCUCAAAAACAUCGAACACGCACUCUACGACAUCGCUCAAGAAGGCAUGCUGGCAGGCCGAUACGACAGAGAGCUUUUCAAGAGGUCGUGGGAAAUGCUUGGUGAAGCAGUGUUGCCCUUCGCUACAGAUGCCUUCCCGGUACUAGAUUCUGAUGCCGAGACAGACUUCGAUGGCCCAGGGCGCAUCCACAGGUACGCCAUUAGCAGUCAAUGGAACCCUUGGAAGGAUUGGUUCCUUCGAGAGUAUGCAACUGAGUGCUAUAAUCCGGAUGACACAAGCAGUAUUGAUCCCGGAACUUGGCGCAGCGCUGACCGAUAUCAGAACCACAUCAUCGCUCACCUCCUGCAUAAGCUUCCAGAUUGGCAUACCAUGAGUCUGGAUGACUGGUGCCAUAUUGCGCGGUUUGAAGUAGAGACGAAUAUCAUGAGACACCGAGUACUACAUGACUGA